UUCGGUGCCCCCAGCAGGACCUGAUACACCACAACAAACUCCUUCGGUGCCCCCAGCAGGACCUGAUACACCACAACAAACUCCUUCGCUGGCCCCAGCAGGAUCUGAUACACCACAACAUCCAGCAGCUCCUCCAGUGAUUAAAAGAAAGCAAAUCACUGUGAGGUGUCCUCAAUGUGGAGUGAGUCUAAAUUCUAAAAAUUUGAAAAAACACAUUGAGCGGAAACAUCAACCUAUACAUCUCGUAUCUUCAACUUAUAAUUUACCAACACAGUGUGUUGAUAAAAAGAAUGGGAUAUAUGUUGUAGCAAAAUCAUUUCGUGGGCCCUGUAUUCCCAUUCAUGUGGCGAAGAAAAUUUGGGGCUCAUCACACAAGGUAAUGUGUGAAAUGGAUAUGUGCAACACUUGUGCUGAAAUGACUCAAAGGAGUGAACUUUUGGUUACAUCAUGUGUGCAUCUGAGAUCAGUAGACUACUCCUGUGCUAUUGCACCACAUGAAGAGUUAUCAGAGGACGUGUUGACUGAGAUAGUGGAGCAAAAAUGGUUUUGUAACACAAGGAAAAACCAAUGCCUUACGCUGCAAGGUCAGGCUAAAAGUAAAGGUGCAACAUUUACUAGCCUUGUUACUAUUGGAGGCCCUGACUACAAGCAUUACAUAUCAGUAUAUGAGCCAAGGGUUUCUUAUUACAGUAGACUGGGCAGAGUUUUGGUUAAUUACAAUUCCAAGACAAACACUUGGCACUGCCCUUGUAUCAGAGGUAGGAGAUCGUGUCUGCAUAAGUGCAUAGCAAAAUGGUGUCUCUUUCAAAUGAAGCGGGAGCUCUUCACAACCAUGCCAGAAGCAGCUGUAGAGACUGAACCAGCAGAACAUGAUGACUUGUCUGGCCAGCAAUGGGAAUAUCCUCCAAAGAGUGAUGGCCUGAAGCAGAUGGUACAAUAUAUAUACCAUAACAAAAAGCUUCCAGACACACUAUCAGAUGUUUUUAUAGAAGAUGUAAAGAAGGAAGACAUUCCUCAACAUCUUAUUCCUGAAGAGGAGUUCUGCUCUCAGUGCCCUGGACCUGUUCCUCUCAGUGCUCCUGUCCUUAUCACCAAAAAUGCUAAAGUGGCGACGCUCACUGGUGUAGUGACUGGAAUAUCCACAUACUGUAAGAAAUGCAGUAAUUGUGGUAUGUUUUACCGAUACCAGGACUGGAUGCAUGGGCUUCACAACUUUAAUGAUAAAGAUCAUGUGGCAGUUGGAAGGGUGCGUUCCAUAUUGCAAAAGACAACACACGUGCCUUACCCAAAGGAGACAGAGUUUCUUCAUGCAUAUUUACAUUUUGAGGCACUAACUCACCAUGAUUAUGGCUUUUCGUGUCUAAAAUGUGGACAUCAUCCUCCAGUUGUUGUAAUGGACUUACAUAAAAAGGGAGUGUUCAACAUGGCAGUCAGUGACAUAAGUGAGCCAACUGAAACCUUCAAUGGAGAGGUGAAUUCCGAGGAGUUCUGGGAGACUCUUUCAAGAGAGAGGAUUGCAACUGGCUUGUUGAGGAUUGGAGACACAAAUCCUUACAAUUUGAAACCCAAUUAUGAGAACUGGGCCCCAUGGGUCGGCAGACACACACGCAGGUCACCAUCUGUGAUAAACACAGAAUGGAAGAAAGUGCAGACCACAAAUACACUUGAAAACAUCGCUGAAAUAGACAUGACAGAAGAGAGACUCAGUGAUGAAUUAAUGAAGCUAAAGGUUGCAGACAUUCGAAAACUCUGCAAGGCCUGUGGAGUUGGCACUGAAGGAUCAAAGACUGAUCUUCUAUCCAGACUGAGAGAAGAAAUGCAAAACAGAACUGCAUACGACAAGAUUUUUCAAAAAGUUUGGGGAGCAUCAGGUGGAUGGGCAGCCAUUUUAUGCCCCUGUGGUAUAGUUUACAGUGUAAAAUUUCUCAUCCGUGCCGAAAGUCCUAGAGACUUUACGGACAUGUUAUUUUCAUGGAAACAUAUCCCAAACAUUUGUAUUUAUGAUUUUGCCAGAGGACUGGCCACCCAUUCCAACUUAAGGAGGCCAGAGGCAAUGCCAUUUACACCCUUUGAGGGACGACUUGCGGAAUCUACAGAAAACAAUAUAACAGCUGCAGAGAGCGGAACCCUAACUAUAAGUCUACCCUGGAUAAAAGAGAAGAAGAUGGAUGAGGAUGAUAAUUGCCAUCCAGUGACUGGUUCUUCCGAGCACUAUGCUCUAUCGGACAAGUUCCACGAGGCCAACAGUAAGGAUAAGCGAGACACACUUAGAAAGAUUCAGAUUGUCCCAGAGUUGGCUGGCAGAGUGAACACACAAGCUGCAGAACAACUUUUCGCUGGAAUGCGUAAGAACAACUAUUUCUUGAAUAUGAUGUCUCCCACCACCCACAUGUUUCUUGUAAGAAACAUUUUGCACAUCCAAAACAAAGAAAAAAAUGGAUCCAUGCUGUCAAAAAUACAAAAGGACCUUGGGCAUCCAAAAACGACUAUAAACCUCCAAACUGAUUUGUUUGGACGUUUGGUUGUAGAGAACAGGGCUCCUGAAAUGACCAGACUACAUCUGAUAAAACCUAGCAAGGCUUGCUGGGGAAAGCCACUGACUCGAUCACAGCGUAAACUGAUGGCUCAAGUUCGUUCUGCAAAUGCUGAUGAUGAAGUAGCACUUGUGGGCUCUAUUGUCAUAAAACAGAAAGACUUAAUAACACUGACAAACCCUUGCGAGGUGGAAGGAAAUGUGCUGAAUUCCUGCUUCUGUGUGCUGCAACAGAUUGCACUCUCCCAGAAUGUGGACAUCUAUCCAGUUGAUAGCCAUGCCAUAGUGACAUGGUUGCCACCAAUUUGUGCACAUCCCAUGGACCACUUACCUCCUGAAAUUAUGAGCAAGGAUGCUGUGGUCUUCCCAUCUUGGUUGCCAGAGCAUUGGAUGCUGUGUAGAAAUUGCUCAGAGCCUGUGUCCUGGGACAUGGACAGAAUUCUAUUCUGAGGACCUUGGGGAUAUACCUCGACAAGAGAUGUCUUGCAGCUGUGGAGUCUUCAUUCUAAUGUAUGCUCUCAAUGUCAUCUUGGGGGGAACAUUUGACUUUUCAGAGAUCGGUCAUGGAAAUCCAGCAAAGAAAGAGAAGGCGGACUGACAAGCCACACAAAACUGUGGCAACUGUUGACCAAC